AUGGCAUCAAUACAAAACCCUUGUCAGCCGAUUGUCCCAAGUAAUUUUCCAGAUCAACUUCACAGUGGUUUCAUCAAAGAUACUCACUGUAAUCCAUUUUCUGGACAAUUCGGUUGCGAUAUUUUUAAUAAAGGCGCUAAAGGGUGCUACAGAAGUACCAACAACACAAACAACAUAGCUGUCCAAUGUUGCUACGAUAGUAACAAUACGUUAACUGUUGGACCGCCGGGUGGAGGGUAUUUACAUUUACAUGAUUCAGAAAACUCUAGAUGGAAACAUUUCAAAGUUGAUGUCUUACCAUACUUACAAUGUUGCAUCUUUUCUAAUGAGUGUGAUAAAUACUAUGAAAAACGACCUUCCGUUGAUUCCAGGCAUUACGUUCCACCACGUCCUGUGUGGGCUCGAGGUGAUCCACAUUUCACUACGAUGGAUGGAACUUCUUACGAGUUCAAUCCGGUUGGAGAAUUCGUUUACUUGCAAGUACCAAACACCACGGUACAAGCGAGAAUUAAACAAUACGUAGACAAGAACAAUGUACCCAAGCCGGCAAGCUACUUUUCCGCGUUCGCCAUAAAAAUUUACGACGACCUGAUUUUACAGAUUGAGUUUACAGCUACAAAUAAUUUACAAUUAAAAAUUGAUGGUGUGAUUUGGGAAGAGGAAUCGUUAUCUUUACCGGAAAUUAGUGCAGUAAUCAACACCACCCUCAUCAGCCUGCACACAAUAACUGGACUCAGUUUUCAGUUUUACAACUUGAACAACAUGAUUCAUGUUAUAACAGCCUUACAACCCAGUCUUAAAGGACAAGUCUCUGGCUUGAUUGGAAAUUGGGAUGAUGAUCCGUCGAAUGAUUUCAUGCUGCCCAAUGGAACGUGGAUUCCAAAAACAUCCUCACCUGAAGACAUUCAUUUCAAAUUUGGCAUGUCGUGGGCAACAACUAACGAGACAAGUAUCUUCAGCUAUCCUGAUGGUUUGAAAUGGAGUGAUUACCAAAAUUUGAACUUUGCUCCAUUCUUCGGUCAACCAACAAACUCCUACCCUCAGUGUGGCAACAACUCUCAAUGCAUAUUUGACGCGUUCGUUACAGGAGAUGUGGAGGUUGGACUCACGAAUGUUAUCAUGGAACAAACAAAUGACAGGCAAAUUGCAGAAUAUCUACAUAUGCAAAAAACUUGUAGUCCCAACUUACACGUUCUCCAUGCCAGCGUCAUCGUCGUACACAACAGUGACUACACUCAAGUCGACUACUCAAUCGUAUGUGAACCUGGCUACAUGUUGACUGGCAAGUCUUCUGUCGGUUGUGUGGAAGGGAAAUACACAGCACACAUAGGAAAAGUACAGUGGAAUUUCGGAUCAACAACGUACGAACAAGGGGACUCUGUAACGUUGAAAUGUAGCGGCUAUGUUACUGACGCUAGUGAUAAAUUGAAAGUUUCCAUAAGAAGGCCUGCCUCGUUUGAUACUCUCGAGUCGGAUAGAUUGAUAUUAGUUGAUGAACUUUUGAAAGAUGACAAGCAAACAAGAUACAGGAUGUUGUACACUUUUUAUAGCGACCAUCUGGCGGCCUUCCACCUCAUCAUCAACGAUGUUCGAGAUAGAGAUACAGGCAACUACACCUGCCAUUCAUCAAAAGCACCUGAACACGUGGCCACAAUGCAACUCACUGUUGUAGUUCCCAUGUAUGAAAUACAGCUGAAAAAAAUGGGCUCAUGUUCAGAAAUGCCAUACAGAAGUCCUCCAUCUUUUGUGGAAGGCGUCAGUUGUGGAUUGGCUUGCAUUACAAACAUGGAUGGGUACGUCCACAAAGCGCCAGUCAUGAAGUUGAUGCUGGACGGCAAAGAAGAUGUCAGCCAUCUCUUCAGUGGUAGGCUGGCCGUUUCAAGGAUUACAUCUGAAACCGGCCAAGUGCAGUACACAUCCCGCUACAUAUCGUAUUACAAGACCAUGCAACCAAUGCCCCAUUUCAACGGGAGAAUGUUGACCUGCCAUGCUUACUACCCGCAGCAUAAAAACAGCGUGAUGGAGAAGAGCGUUGGCAUUGGAACUGAACUUGUUACAUUUUACAAUCCAAAAAUUUUGUGCAACUCAUAUUCAAUGAGCGCUGAUGUGGGUAGUGACAUCUCCAUCGAGUGUUCGGUCGAAUCGAACCCAUUAAGCGGUCUCGCCUGGGAGCUCAGAAAGAACAAGUCACAGGUCUACCUGACUCCCAAUGAUUUUGACAAUGUUUCUACUUUGCUUAAGGAUGUAAGAUCGGGCAAGAGAGUGAUCGAAUUGAAGAUUAACCACGUCGUACCUCAAAACUUCGGGCAUUACCACAUUCACGCCAUCCAUCCAGUCACGAGCAAGAUGAGCGUUGCUACCGUCGAGUUAAUAAAUUCAUCGUCAGAAUAAACUCUCCACAUUUCUUCAAGUCUUAUUUUUGAAAGUAUUAUAAUCACUUUUUUAUCGUCAUGUGUGUUAUUUAUUUAUGUUCAUAUUCAUUUAUGCAAUACCCAUUCAUGCAAUAUUCAUUACAAACUUAAACAUUAUAAUCUUAAACGUUGAAAUAUUGUUGUGAUCUAUAUUUAUUCCAUUUUUUGACGUUUCUGUCAAAAUGUAUCUUACUUAAAAAUAAAUUUCUUUUUUAAUAAUUUUUAUGAGAGUAUUUUUUUAAACUCGUGGUUUUCCAAAUACAAAGUAGAUCAUUGUCUUCCA